AUGGGCUUGGGGCAAGGAGACCUGGUGUUGCGAGACCAGUUCAUCCUGGGCCUUAAAGAAGGACCAGUACGGCAAGAGCUUCGUCGGCAGGUACGAAAAGCCCCCCAGCUCACCUUCGAUGAGGUAAAGAUGGAAGCUUUAGCAUUGGAGGAUGAACAAGGACAGCAAUGGCCUGCUUUCGAGUGUACAGCGGUGCCCCUCCAAACCAGCUGGGCAGGAUUUAUAGGCUCCCCGGCCACUGCGGGUCAAGUGUCCGGACCUCUUCCAAGUGACCCAGCUUAUAAUGGUUUAAGAGUUAAACUCACUGGAGACUGCCCUCUAGUGGAUGUGAGAGUAGAUGGGAUAAACGUGAAGUGCCUGCUUGAUACAGGGUCUCAAGUAACAUUGUUCAGUGAGAGUGUAUGCAACGAGCUCUUUAGGAGCAAACAAGUUCGUAAUAGUGAUGAAAUUCCCUGGCUCACUCUGAGGGCAGCGAACGGACUUAACCUCCCGUGGGUAGGGUACAUGGUGGCCGACUUUGAAAUCCAUGGGGUCCGGGUACCUGCACGUGGCAUUGUAGUGCCUAAGGACGAGUGUAUUGGAGCAGACAAAGCCAUCCUAGGGAUGAACGUGAUUACUGACUGUUGGGAAGAACUUUUCACGCAGUACAAGGCCUCCCCCAAACACUCGAUGCCACCACUGAGCAGGGAAUGGAACACUGUUUUUAUCGACUGUCAACGCAUCCGUGCUGCCUCUAAUGCAGAGCCAUGGCAAGCUACAGCGAGAUUAGCCAGUCGUACUCCUGUAACCAUACCCGCACAAAGUGAAAUGACUGUUUGGGCCAAAAUCCCACGGCCCUCUUCAAACCAGCCAGGCUGUGCGCUGGUAGAACCCCUUGGGGAAGAUGGAGGAGUUGGGGUGGCCAGAGCAUUAGUGACUGUGAGAAAGGCGCGCAUUCCAGUGAGGGUUAGGAAUGUCCAUCCGUACGCUCUAACGCUCAGCAGGUUCCAGAGGCUGGCGACUGUCUUGGCCGUCGACCCUGACGCGGUGCGGGAUGGGAAGGAGCUCUCCAUUCUGAAUGUGGGUCCUGGAGUCGUGGAGGUUAAUCUGGUCGACACCGCUGAUCCGGACAAACCAGAGGGGAAUGAGACAACUAAUGCCCUUCCCCUCUCUAAAGGAGAUGGACUCACAGAUGAUGAGCAAAGACAAUUGAAUGAACUACUGCGAAGAUGGAGUCAUGUGUUCUCGACACACGAGGAAGACUAUGAACAAACGGGGGCUGUGAAACACCGGAUUCCCACAGGUGACUCUAACCCCAUUCGUGAGCGACUGCCUGCUCCCCCAGACCGGGAAUUGGCCGGAGAAGAGAGACUGGUUGGGGCAGUAGAGACUAUGUCUAUGGACUCUCCGCCCAAUAGCUGGAGGUGGGACCCAGAGCGCUGGAGAAGUCUACAAAAUGAAGACCCCGACUUACAAAGCAUAAAGGAGCACGUUGAAAGAGGAUACGCACCAGCAUUCUUGAUGUUUGGCCGCCACAUGAGGACCCCAGUUGACCUAUUGACCGGGGGUUUUAGCCCCAAAGCCCCUAUGGACGCUACAGACUGGGUUACUAGGCACCAACAGCAACUGACGUAUGCUUACGAGAAGACAUCAAGGAGCCUUCAGAAUGCAGGCUCCACCCCGAACGCCCAAAUUAUAGUGUGCGUCCUGAAGGAAGAGAUGGCCCUGAACGAGUCAUCCAUCGCAACAACUUGA